GACACGGGGCUUCACACUGACCGCUGCCUCUCAAACUGAAGACUGUACAAAAGAGAACGGUUUUAUGGUGCACUGCGGGAUCUUACCAUUAUGUGGAGAUAAAUCUCAUUCAGCGCUUUUUGGGGCAUGAUAAACUUGUAUUCAUCAACCCACGAGGACCUUGUAAAAUCUUGUUGAUUUUACAAGAACCCCUUCGAACUGGGACGCCUGAGUGGGAUAAGCCAGCAGAGGGGGAUUUUGGGUGAAGGAAGAGAAGAAGGAUUAGGGGCUUAUCCCGGACAUGACCAAUCCUUAAGGAGCCUCCAUCAAGCUGUACUAUUGCCCAGAUUAUUACAUUUAAUUUAUUGCCUCUUAAAGACCCUUUAUCUCCCCCGGGAGAUUCCUGGUGAGUGGGCCGCUGGAUUUGAGUAUCUUUAAAAACAAAGGAUCAGGAGGAGAGGCGGGUGGAAGUGGAGGAGCAUGGGAAGAUACAUGCAGGGAUAAAGCAACAAGCCUCCCAUCCGCCUUACACUUCAGCAGGGUGCAGGGCAAGGGUCACUGAAUGAACUUGGAUUGGGAAAGCAUUCGAUCAAAUUGAUUACACAAAUCCGAUUAAGCAGUCUCUCUGGACCUUACUAAAGAAGGAGCACAUGGUUUCAGUCCUAAACCACAAAGAUAUCUGCACCCCGAGCUGAAUUUAUUUCUGAACUGAUUUUUCUUUUUUUUUUCAAGAAGCACAAACCCAGAACAACUGUGAAGCCCAGAAUCUUUGACCACAUAUGCAGCAGAGGUUUUCAGGAAUUGGAGUCAUGCAUAUUUUCAGCUCACAUUUAUCUUCACAGAAUCUUUCUGGAUAUGAACAAAGACCGAUGGCCAAAAUGGGACAUAGCUGAAUGCGUCUGCCUUUUGAGAAACUGGGCAAAAGAAACUUUCCACUCAACUGCGGUUGUUAUUCUGCCGAGAUAUUUUAAAGCUUGAAGGGUGAUAGGUGUAUAGUUUGCUUUCUUACAGUGUUCUCACCAUUUUAUAAAAAAAAAAAAAUUGUGGAUAUUUUCUUUCUGACUGGAAAUUUACAGUUUAUACCCAGAGAAGCCAUGAACUUGGGAAAGCUCGCUGGCCUGAAGGGCCUUGUUUCCCACUCCUCAGGAAAGCGUCGAUUUAAAGGUGACCUCACCCCGGACAUGAUCAGCCCCCCAUUAGGUGACUUCCGCCACACCAUGCAUGUGGGCCGUGGAGGGGACGUGUUUGGGGACACCUCGUUCCUCAGCAACCACGGUGGAGCAGGAAAUAACGCAGAUGGAGACUCCUCCUCCACUUCAGAGAAGAAUGAGGGAUUCUUCUCCCGCACGCUUCGCCAUGUCCGCAAGACCCCCGACAGGCCCCGCGGCGGCUCCAAGGACCUUUCGCCACCACCUCCACCCAUUUCUCCAAUCAUUAAGAAUGCCGUUUCCCUCCCCCGGCUGGACGUGGACUCACCCAACGGCUGUCCUGUCAAAGUGCUUUUCCCUAGUCCACCCAAAACACCUGAGAGCUCCACAUACUUGUACGGUUUGGAGUCUGGCUUUGUAACCUUGCCGAGACUGUCCCGCACUGAGCGUCCAGCCCAGGGCAGUUCUCCCUCAGCCUGUCCACCUGAAAUCCACAAAGGCUCGCUCACGGACAUGGUUCUCCCGUCCUUCCCAUGUUCAGACUCCAUCAGUCCUUCAGACUCCAUGAACUCCUUCACUCUUGAUCUGGGCCCUUCCCUCAUGUCUGAAGUCUUUGCCAUGAUUGACAGCCCUAUAUGUGAAAAAGCCGAUCCCAUGAGUGAAAAAACACAGUCCACUGAUGAUAACUCUGAGGUGGACUCGGACGCAACCACGUCCUUGGUGGACUCUCUCCUGAGAGAAGACGAUGACGGUAGGACACGGUUGUAUGGAGGAGAGUGGAAGCAUUCAGACUUUGUAAAUGGUGAGUCACCCAAAAAAUCCAUGAUGGGGGAUCGGAUGCGGUCCUUCUCUGUUGAGGAUCAUGGUAUGGAGCCGGAGAGUUUCCAGAGGGCUGCUGAUGUGCUGGCACGUCAUUAUGGGAGUGGAGGACUCAGGAAUACAAACAGCAACAACUCUCAUAGAAGAGGACCAUACAGCUGUCCUGAUGAAGAAGAAGAAAUCAAAGUCUAACACUAUAGUCCAAAUCGUACGGCACCUUUAAAUGGAAAGUUCAGCCAAAAAAAAUGAAUGUUCGUUCAUAAACUCCUCCCCCUCAUGUUGUUCCAAACCUGAUUCUUUGGCGAUAUAAUAAAAGGAGUUGCACAGAAUGCCACUUUUUUUCAUUAUAAUAAAAUGAUUUGAAUGAGGGUUGGGCCUAUCAAGCUCCAUAAUCAUAAAAAAAAAUAAAACACCAUGAAAGUAUUAUAAAUGUAGUCCAGAGUUUUCUGGAACCAUAUUAAUGUACCGUGAGGAACAGACCAAAAUUUACCCAAACGUUAUUAUUGACUUCUGAUAUUCUGUUCUUCUGGGCUGUGAACUGAAUCACUGAGUCACUCCAGCACCAAAUCAUUUCUGGUUCAAAUUUGAACGAAUCAUUCAAACUGGUUUUCUGUAUUGGAUAAACAUUGAAAAAUGAAGAUAACACUGAAAAGAUAAGGAAUUUUUUUUCAAGAACAUGACAUGCCACAGACAACUAAGAAAGAUGUCGAUGAAUAACAAAAAUAAUGAAUAAGGGAUAUUCCACCCAAAAUGGAAACUCUGUCAUCAUUCACUCACCCUCAUGUCAAUCGAAAAACUGACUUUCAUUCUUCUGUAGAGCAAAAGAAGGUAUUUAGAACAAUGUUUCAUUUGUUUUUGUAAUGUUACAAGUACAGCAAACAAUGAAAGUCGGUGGAGUUCAGUGUUUUUAGGCUUUUUCACUGUUCUUCAGAAUACCUUAGUUCUGCAGAAGACCGGAAUGCUUGGAAGGUUUAGAGUGUGAGAAAAUGAUAUCAGGAUUUUACUGUCUCAUGCCUAAAACAUUAGCUUUGAUCCAGGGAAAUAAAACCUGCCACAGCUAGCUAUACAAUGGUAAUAUGCCAUUAAAAUAUACAAUAUUUCAAUUUACAGUAUUUAGAUUUCAAGUAAACCUCUGUCAUAUGUAAUGUACAGUGAUACCAUGUAUAAUACAGACAUAUACCUGCUAGCUAUCUUGUAUCUAACUAGCUCAUAUUCCCAUUGUGAAUAUUGUGUUAAUUAUUUCUUGAGAAACCAGCGAACAAGACGAAGACCUACUGGUCACUGUGAUGCACCAAACUGUGAUCUACUUUUUCACAUUAGUACGAACAAUUCAGAAAAAACAACAACAACAACAACCAUAUUGUCAUGUUUCUUUCCUUUAUUACAUGAUAAAUAUCUUAAGAUCAACACAUUAUGCAGUAAUAGUAUAUGAUGUCCACCAGCUUUUAUCAAUGUAUUAUGAAUUUUCCUUGAAUUUAAGUUUUGUUUGUUAUGACAAAGGAGUUGACCUCUCCAUUCCCUUAAUCACAAUAUAAUAUUUACAUACUGUACGUAUGUGCGGCUUUGCAUAAGACUUUUACAAAAUAGUAAUGUAUGUUUCCUAUAAAUGUCAACAAUAAAGAUUUCAUUAAAAG